AUGGUGGACAGGAUAAAGAGAGAGGUUUCCUGUGUGAUGCCCAGGAUUGAUGUGGCUCGUAUCAAAAUGAUGACUCCUCAGUUCAAUGAAAAGGAGUUUGGACUGCUGGUUCUGCCGUCAAAAGACAACGACAUUGAGUUCUGUGCUCCUCUUCAGGCGUUGUGUGCUCGCGUGUGCGUGUUCUACUACACCGUACUUCUAGCCAGCUGGCCGCUCUCCGCGGACGCAGCCAGGCUCCGCUGUGGCUCGGAUCUUCUCAGCGACCUCAUAUUCGUGUGUGGGGACCGUGGCAUCUAUUUGGGUAGAGGGAAAUGGUCUGGCUACGGGGCUCGGCCCAGAGGGGAGGGGAUUGUGGACCAGUGCUGUCGUCCAGCCGGCUGUGAGCUCCACCAUCUGGAGAUGUACUGCGCUAAACCCAAGAGCCGGCAGCAAACCACAGCUUUGCCCACAACAACAGCAGCAGCAACGCAGACAGAUGAGGAUCUGCAAUUCCAAGCAGUUUUUUACAGGAGACUUCUGGAGCACAUGGGGCCCCCAGACAGCGCAAAGAGGGAAGCCUCCAGGAAGAAGGCUCAGCCUCCCCACCCAAGAAAGCCUCACGCCGGAGCAUUAGAGCACAGAACAUGA